AAACUUUAAAAAAUAAAAAUAAAACCCUUAUCAACGAAAAUAAUAAUUUACAAAAUAUCGACGAAAAAUGUAAAAAACUCACUAAAGAAAAUGAAAAACUUUUUUUAAUAAAUAAAGAACUAACAGAAAAAAACGAUGAGCUUGUUCUCAAAACAUACGAAAAUAAUAAUUUAUUCGUUUACGAAGAAUUGAAUAAAGGACUAACAAAAACAUUACAAAGCAUAAAUAAAAAAAUCGACAAUAGUUUAAGUUUAUUAAAAAUUAACUUUUCAGAUUCUGACGAAAAUAAAAUAGAUAAAAUCAUUUUGGCUAAAAACGAAAAACUAGAAAAUGAAAAUAAUCAAAUACUAAAAAAUAGUCAAUAUAAAAAAUUAUUAAAAACAAACCAAGAACUAAAAAAAGAAAACGAAGUUGCUGUUUAUCAAAACCAAAGAUUGACCGAAAAAUUGAAACAAAUAAGAAAAGAAAUCAACGAAAAAAUAACUGAAUAUGAUAAAAAAAAUAAAAUAUUUAAUAUUUUGAACGAAAAAAUAGAUAUUAUAUUAGAUAAUUUUA